GUUAAGUAUGUUGUGCGUCACAUCCGGUGGCGGUGGAUCUCCACAACAUCAUUUGAGGGCCAGAGCUACGCUCGCUCUUAAACAUCUAUAUUGUACCUUUAAACGCGGAUUAAACAUGUCUGACACGGAGACUAAACCAUCGAGCCAAGAUGGGGGGGACAAGAAGGACGGCGAAUACAUCAAAUUAAAAGUGAUCGGACAGGACAGCAGUGAAAUCCAUUUUAAGGUGAAAAUGACAACACACCUGAAAAAAUUGAAGGAGUCUUACAGCCAGAGACAGGGUGUGCCAGCAAGUACGUUACGGUUUCUCUUUGAAGGACAGAGAAUUGCAGACAACCAAACUCCCAAAGAGUUGGGGAUGGAGGACGAGGAUGUCAUCGAGGUGUAUCAAGAACAGACUGGUGGACUCUGGAAAGAUUAAAACCAACCCCAUGUACACCAAUAAUGUAAUUUUGUAUUUUAUUUUUUAUGUAUGUGUUCAUUUGGGUCAUGUUUCUACACAUCUGGGCCAAUCUGGGCUUCCAAGCGUUUUGCUGGCGCAGCGUACAGACAAGGGCUGUUGAGACGCGCCAUUGCAACAGCAACCAUUCAAGCUGCAAAUGAUUUUGGUUUUCGGGGUUCCUCGUCGGAUUUGAGAAGUGGUUCACGUUGGUGUGGUUUUUAAGCCACGUGUAGCGUUUAUGACUGUAUGUAGGAACGAGCUGCUUCCGUCAUCCACAUCCAACUGUGUUUGUUGUCAUCUCUUCUGCUUGUUGCUUUAUAACGGAGUCACAUGUUGUUUUUUACUUCCAGACAUUUUUCUGUGCAUCUCUGAGAACAUUUGCCGUGUUCGAUCACUGUUGGAUUAUCAUCAAUAAGUGAAAGAUUUUUGAAUAAAUGCUGUCAUUGUCAA